CUCAGAGAAGGCUUGCUGUGAAUCAGAUUGUCCUGUCUACACCAACAGCAGCAGCAGGUCUGUCCUGUCUACAGUGCAGCAGCAGCAGGUCUGUCCUCUCUACAGUGCAGCAGCAGGUCUGUCCUGUCUACAUUGACAGCAGCAGCAGCUCUGUCCUGUCUACAUUGACAGCAGCAGCAGCUCUGUCCUGUCUACAGUGCAGCAGCAGGUCUAUCCUGUCUACAGUGCAGCAGCAGGUCUGUCCUGUCUACACUGACAGCAGCAGCAGCUCUGUCCUGUCUACAGUGCAGCAGCAGCUCUGUCCUGUCUACACUGACAGCAGCAGCAGCUCUGUCCUGUCUACAGUGCAGCAGCAGCUCUGUCCUGUCUACACUGACAGCAGCAGCAGCUCUGUCCUGUCUACAGUGCAGCAGCAGGUCUGUCCUGUCUACACCGACAGCAGCAGGGCUCGUGAGUGGAUGUCAGCACUGCGCUCCACAGGGUCACUUUCCAGGAGGAAUACUUCAAUGGUAUGAAACUAGCAAGAAUCAGGAAGCAGGACUAGCCUAUAAACUGUGAGACACCUUGAGUUAUCCAUCAGCUGAGGCCCUCUAGAACUAAUAGGACCCUGUGUGAUGUCCACUUAACCCACACAUGAAGACACUGAGCAAAUAUAAACUCUAUGAGAUCCCUGACAGACGCUGAGGCUGCAGCUGAGAAACCACAAGAGGGCGGACAUUCAGGAGACUCCAAGAAGGUGCUUAUCAAGGUCCAUCAUAACGGGGCGAGGGCAGAGCAACGCGUGGAGAUCUUCUAGAGAAGCAUGUCCGUGGUGAACGACACCAGGCUGGAGUCCCUGCUGGCCUCGCUGCUCCAGGAGUACCUGAACAAGACAGCAGCGGGGGGCAGAGCGAGGCCGCAGGACGAGAGCAUGGGGACCCUCUACAUCCUGCUCAUGAUGGGCUUCUUCAGCUUCUUCACCUUUGCCAUCAUGCUCAGGUACAUCCGCUCAAAGAAACUGGAGCACUCCCACGACCCCUACAACCUGUACAUCGCCAACGACUGGACCGCGGGCAACUCCGCCUUGACCCACACCAACACCAGCAACAGCGGCUGGGUCAUCCCCAACCACAUGGUGACAGGAGGGGCCAGCCGGCACAUCCCUGGGUGACCAGCAGGCAGAAGGCUGUGUGUGUGUGUGUGUGUGGACACUGAAAAGCAACCUUGAUUUGCUGCUUCAAAGCAAAUGCAGAGCAGCUGAUUUUGUAACACUAUGUGUGUGUGUGUGUGUGUGUGUGUGUGUGUGUGUGUGUGUUUAUCUUGCAUUAUGUUGACCAGUGUUGUCCACAUACUGAUAGUAUUUAAGUAGUAAUGCUAGUGGGAGAUGAUGCAUAUUUUUUAAAUGAAACAUUCAAUGCAGAAUUAUUUCCUUUAUUUUCGUUCCAUGCACCUCUGGAGUUUAUAAUUGUAAAAGCACAUGUCAGUCGAUGUGUGUGUGUGUGUGUGUGUGUGUGUCUCUGUGAGCGUGUAUCUGUGUUUGCAUGUCUGUGUGUGUGUGUGUGUGUGUGUGUGUGUGCAUCUGUGUGUUUGUGAGGACAGUGGAACACAAAACAAGGAGAUAACUUUUAUUUCCUCUAAUAAAGAAAGACCACUACAGCGGUUGAAAUCCCAUCACACUCAAAACAUUAAAUGGCCUGUUUUCUAAAA